GCCAGGGGCAUUUUCGUAUUUCACACCAACCACGGACCGGGAGUUUAUAAACACCAGUUGUCGAUCCUCACCCCCACAUUCACGCGUUGGUUCAAAGCUUCCUUCUCCUUCUCUCUCCCUCGAUCUUCAAGGUCCCUCUGCGAAAGCUCAUCGAAGGGAUCCGUAGCCAGAAAUGGGGCUUACGUUUACGAAGCUUUUCAGCCGGCUUUUUGCCAAGAAGGAGAUGCGAAUUCUGAUGGUUGGUCUCGAUGCCGCUGGUAAGACCACCAUCCUCUACAAGCUCAAGCUUGGUGAGAUCGUCACAACCAUUCCCACCAUCGGGUUUAAUGUGGAGACCGUGGAGUACAAGAACAUCAGCUUCACCGUCUGGGAUGUCGGGGGUCAGGACAAGAUCCGACCAUUGUGGAGGCACUAUUUCCAGAACACGCAGGGUCUUAUCUUUGUUGUGGACAGCAAUGACAGAGACCGUGUUGUUGAGGCAAGGGACGAAUUGCAUAGGAUGUUGAAUGAGGAUGAACUGCGUGAUGCUGUGUUGCUCGUAUUUGCUAACAAACAAGAUCUUCCGAAUGCCAUGAAUGCUGCUGAAAUUACUGAUAAGCUUGGCCUCCACUCUCUGAGACAGCGUCACUGGUACAUCCAGAGCACCUGUGCAACGUCCGGGGAGGGUCUAUAUGAGGGGCUGGAUUGGCUCUCCAACAACAUUGCUAACAAGGCGUGAUUGUAUCGAGGAGUCAUUUUGUGGACCGGAAAUUCUGGAUGCAGGGGUGAAUAUUAUCUAGUUGUUUUUUAUGUUAUUGAGACGAUUGAAUUGUUGAAAUCUUCUUCUUGUAUUUGUUGUGGGAAUGCUGUUUUCAUCUAGGACCUUUUUAAAUGGGGUUGUAUUUCUUUUGGUUGGAUUUUGGAUACAAUUCUGUUCUGAGUUGUAAUUCGAUUAUUGGAUACACGACUCCUGGUUCUGGUUCA